AUGGCUCUUAGGUUGGAGGCCAUCGCUAAGGUUGACAUGUGUGCAGCUAUGGUUGGGAGAGCGUCAGAGCACAUGGACGUGACCACUCAGGAAAACCUUUUGGAGUUUUUUCCACCUCAAAGUCCCGAUGCAGUUGUUCUUUGCAAUGUGAUUGAACCUUAUUCGCCAGAGGCGCGGCGACUCUUAUUUUCUCACAUCAUGGAGUUCCUGUCUCUCAAAGGGCGCUUGAUCGUUGUGAUUGCAAUUGGUCAGGCCGGCUUAGGUACCGAGUUCGAGUCUGUGCUUGAUCUGGUCUUCCCAACUGCCAGCCAGCUGCAAGCCGAUGAGCUUGAGGAACGCAUAGUUUCAAUAUGUUUCAAUGCACUUGGAAAGUGUGUGUGUAUUUGUGCUUAG